GUAUGUCGCCUCGACCUCAUCCACACGUUGCGAUCCCGCCAGGUGCUGCACCCCCCUCACGGUCAUCAUCCAGACAUGUAGAAGACAUCAACUUCAUAGUCACUCCCGCGGACGAUUCCCUCUGGAGCGAGGAGUACCGGCACUCGACUUAUAUUCCAAGCUUUCCUGAGCCUGAGAUCCCUCGCUCACCAGGCAGGCCUGCGAGUAUCCAUGAAGCGGGGGGCCUUGGCAGUUAUGGAUACACGGACUCACCAGUGUAUAUGUCGCCCACAGCGAAGACAGCAUCUCUACGACACUCAGCAAGCUACCAAACUCUGGGUCAUCGAAUCUCGAUGAGCGAAUCCACACUAUCCGCAAGACCACCCCUGCACCGGGGAGAAUCGAGACCGCCGUCUUACAUAGAGAGUAGUCCGGAGCUACCUUCAAACGAUUUAUCGGAUGAGCUGUCCUCUUUGACUCUUGACUCGAACGAAGGCCUCCGACGCUUCCAGGCUGGUGAGCUUGGAGAGAACGACGAAGAGUGGCAUCGGCUCGUUCCCAAAUCUGCAUUGGACACCCUUGACAAGCACGAAGUGCAAAGGCAGUCCGUUAUCUUCGAGAUUAUCAGGUCAGAGAGGGACUAUGUCAGGGAUUUGGAGCUUGUUCGCGAUGUCUUCGUCGACCCUUUGGUGAACACACGCCCUAUUCCUCAGCAGAGACUGAAGGGCUACGUUACGGAAGUCUUUUACAACUUGGAUGAUAUCUUAGGCUAUCACAAGAGUAUGCUGGAGAAGCUUUUCGAGCUCCAACGCGACCAGCAUCCCUUCAUCACGAAUUUCGCGUCGAUAAUCCUAGACAUACUCAUAUAUUCCUGUACUACAGCCAGUUUCGCCUUUCGUACAGCAUAUGAACAAUAUAUCAAACACUAUCCUCUGUCCGAAGCGUAUCAUAGGAAGGAGCUCAAGCGCAACUCCAAAUACCAGUACUUCCUCUCGCAAUGUGGCCAGGAUCCACGAAUACGCAAACGUGACCUCAUCACAUUCCUCUCGAGACCCGUCACUCGUCUUCCGCGAUUGCUGUUACUCGUGAACACGACUCAGAAGCACACGCCAGCAGACCACACGGAUCAAGAGACCCUGACUCUGCUCGUAAGCCUGCUUAGCGAUUUCAUCAAGAGCACACAGCCUGGGAUCGAAGCGGCGGAAAGUAAAGUCAAGUUCUGGGAGUUAUGUGAAAGUAUGUCGUUCCAAAAAGGCGAAGUUGUUGAUCUCGAUCUGUACGAUGAGAGUCGCACUCUCCAGUAUUCAGGACCGCUCGCUCGACGGUACACAAGCCGUACUGAAGUCACUUAUACCUGGGUAGACCUACAUGUCGCCUUGUUGGAUAACUAUCUAUUGCUUCUUAAACCGGAGAUCCGCUCUAACGGUAGCACUCGUCACAACGUAAUCUCACGACCUAUACCUCUAGAAUACCUUCGUCUAGCGACCUUCGACACCCUGCCAGAAAACCGUCGAGAGAAAGCCACCUCCACGAUCGAGCAAGCGCGACUUUUCGACAGCUUCCGUUCUCGGCAUCGGCCGAUGUACCCUUUCACGAUAUACCAUGCCUCCGCUACUUUAACACGGCGGUACACGCUGUAUGCUACGAGUGAAUCGGAGAGGGAGCUGUGGCGGAGAGCAAUGGUAGAUGCAAUCGGAAUUCGGAAGGCGAGGCAGGAUGCUAAUAUGUGGUACGCCCCGGAUACUGUUGACGAUAGCUUCUUCCGCCUGUCCAACGGGUUGGCAUCACAUAUUUCCAGCAGUCGCAUCACUGGCAAAAUACGCUCUGCAACCUCAUUCAUGAUCGAAGGCAGGACGGUGAUAGCUGCUGGCUGCUCGUCUGGUAUUUAUAUUGCUGCGCGAGGCAAGCCAGAUUUCAAGCGUGUGCUGAAGAAGGCAAAUGUAGCCUACCUCGAGGCUUUAUCUAGUCUCAAUAAGAUAAUAGUCCAUUCCGAUGAUGGUCUUGAGGCUUAUUCCUUGGACGCUAUGGCUCUUGUAGGGCUUGGUACGGCGAGACCACAGGACCUCGAUGCAUCGCGAGAACGAGUCAGCGAACAGCAUGCUGCUAUAAUACUAGCGAGGGUAGUGAAGAUUAGCGGGAGAAUAAUUGUCUUGUAUGCAACCAAGAGCUUCAUGCAAGUGACGCUUAACGCUCUGGAAGCCGUGGCUACGACGGACCUAACCGCCAACUUACGACGAAGCAUUUCCUCCGGUUCUGCCUCUUUCCGGUCCUUCGGUGAGCCGACGUGGAUACCGAAGGACUCACACGAUAUCGUCGCACUGCACAAGACCAUCGGGGUCUGUGCUGAACGUGGAAUACACGUAUUCGAUCCUACGAACGCAUCCGGUGCAAAUGCCACAGUGAUUCCGAACUUUAGCGAUGCGAACGAGCCCAUGCAGUUACUCAAGCAACGUUCAUCGAGUGCUAAGCCUCUAGGCCUGGUCAAAGUUGCCAGUAACGAGCUUCUGAUCGUGUUUGACGAACUUGGUUGUUAUAUCGACAGGCACGGUGUACCUUGUCGCUCGUCGGGGUACCUCAGGUGGGAAACGAAGGCAACCUCUUGCGCUCAUCGAGGCGAACAUGUUCUCCUGUUCUCUCCCGAGUUCAUCGAGAUCCGAUCCCUUGCAACAGGGAAGUUGGUGCAGGUGAUUGAGGGAUCGGACAUCCGGCUCGUUCACGCCAGUGAGCGGGGGAUAUUCGUCGCGAUGCAUGGGGAUGACAAGGGUGGGGGCGGACCUAAUGACAGGCUGGUUGAAUUGAUAGAGACGGCAGACCUAACCGCGCAGCAACAGACAAGUAAUGUGCCGGGCGUGUGGGACGAGUGGGACAUGUAAAUUCUGUCGGACGGGUAGUCUGGAUGAGGCAGACAAGAGCGAUGUAUCGUUAUUAUCUCCCUGGCUUAGCGGUAACUCUGUAGCGAUGACAAAUCAUGUAGCUAUGUUUUCGGGAUUUCGGGAGUCAUGGACGGCUGUAAACUUGGGCCGGAGGGUGUUUUUGGUUGGGAGGAAAGUACGAACAACAUGCGAUGCACCAGAAAUCUUCGUGGACGUAAGAUCGGAGCUGCCGGGGACAGAGCAUAGCAGAGCAUCUCGGUUUCAGCACCAGAAGCGGUGAAGCGAGAUCCGCGGGAAAGUGGUAGCCUUCUCGUCCAUUGGCAACAGGCUCUCGAGUCUCGUUGGAGGCCAAUUCAGGGAAUACAAGGUUGACCCUGCAUGAAACUACAAACUUAGAGUUUGUAACGUGUGGCUGAUAUCUAUGUAGACAAUCAACCAUCUACACAGCACGUAGAUGCGCUGCGAAGACGAUGGGAUAUGUAUUGAUAGACGUAAUCAGCGCAAUCAGCGGCAACAUUGUAGCACUGACCUCGCUGGAUGUUGUACGGGGGCCACUCGAGUGGGAAAGGGAGUUCUGGCAGGGCUUUCGACGAGCCGGAAAGUGCUUCUCGGUAGGACACGAUCGCGAGCGGCAAGUGAGCGUGAGGUGUUCCGUGGCAGCUUUCCAUGCGCUUUUCAUGAUUUCGACCUGCUUUGCAAGCGCAUUGCAUAGCUUGUGAGCCUUGCGCGCGUCCUGCUCUCGGAGAUGUCUCCGGACUGUUUUCAACAGACACGGUCCCGCGCGACUCGUUGCUUCUCGUAAUGCUAAGCUUGGGUUUCGAAUUUGUGCGAUUUUGGACCUCAGAUAUCGGCCUGCUUUCGCCAUGGCCCUCGUUGGUGCCC